GAAAGAGACAAAUAUAUCCUUUCGUCGGCGAGGAGACGAUGAUCUGAGCGGAGUCUCCCUUCAGCGUCGUCCCUGCCGCGUUGUAUAGGAUAAUCUGGGUUCUGACCGGCUAAUUUCCAAUCAUUUACCUCCUGGUCCAGUGCUAGAAACAGUCAUAUCAUGUCACAUCAAACUUUCUUCGAGGAGGACUCAUGUGCAUUAAAAAGUAACCCAGGUGUGGUGGGCGUUGUUGAGCGUACCUGGCACGAUGUUGACGGUCAUACACCCUUGAGUGAACGACUGGACGGUAUUAAACGGCAUCAAGAUGUCCCAGAGAAUCAGUACAAAAAGUUUCUCGCAUUAGGCACGCCCCCGCGACAGCAUGCACUUGUGCAAUUUCUUGAUCCAGCCUAUGGCGCUCUCCUCAUCCACGAAUCUCACCUCAUAUUGCUGGACCGAGCGCUGGAGUUUGGGGAUAUAGUGAAGAAAAAUGCUACGCAAAUAAUGAGCGGAACCGUCAUAAAUACUUCAAGACAUUGCGAUCUUGUCCCUUCGUUUCCAACCGCUCUAAGUUCCGCGACGACCACUCCUUAUUCAGAAGAGCGGGCAAACAGUCAAGCGUUUGAAGGACUACAGUAUACUUCGAAUCCUUUGCCCAAUCAGGAGGGCGUGCCUUUCUUCUUUGAUAUACCGGCUGCAGAGCUGCAGUUUACUGAAUCUUAUCGAAUCGGCGAUUUCGUAACUUAUCACGGAUGGUUGGGAAGGAUCGAAGAAACGUUUGACGAGGUCACUGUCCGCUUGGAAGACGGAGGCAUCGUCGUCGUGGAGCUUCCGGAUGAGUUGGAACUCCCGGUGGGUUUGCAAGAUACGAAAGACAUGAGCAAGCUGGACACAAUGCCGGUGGAUCGUAUCGCUGUCGGCGACUUAGUGGUGACUAAGAAAGGCAACCUGCGACGAGGGGAGUGGAAACAGAGGUCUUAUAAUCCCUCUACUCCUCCGCGUGGGUACGUUGUUGGUGUCGAAAGAUUAGAAAUUGAAGUUCGUUGGCUAUUCCAAAAUUUUCUGUCUCCAGAUCGCCAGGGCAUCCAAUCGGAGCCUCCAAAUUUAUUGAAUCUAAAGGAUUACCGUCACCAAGGAUUGCGAGUGUAUGACAGAGGAAGGCUACCUCCACGCGACGGAAACGGCAGCGACAACCCCGCUGGUUUUACGAAUGGAUCUGAUAUUGGCAUUGCUGAUCGGGUUCGGUUCAGAGACUUGACGGGAGCUUGCGUAAAGUACGACGGAUCGAGCGUCACUAGGACGGGACAGCGCCAGGCUAAGUUGAAGGCCAUUCCCCCAAGCUCAGCAUCUGGCUACGACCUUAACACGUUUUACGUUAUCGGAACGAAAAGCUUCGUUACCGUCCUCUGGCAAGACAUGACCACGACUGAAGAAGAGAGCACGGCUUUAGUGCCUUACAUCAAUGUGGAUGACAAUGAUGUGUGGCCUGGCGAGAUUGUUGCAGUCAAAGAAGGUUCUCAGCUCGCUGGUUCUCUUGACCAGGGCAGAGCUGAAGGGGCAAUUCCCAGCAGCGGUGUUGCCGCAGGUACAUUUCAUGACGAAGAAGUAUAUCGGCCGAAAAAGGUCGGUAUUGUACAGUCAGUGGAUGCAUUGGGUCGUAUUGCCUGCAUCAGAUGGUUCCUGGACCCGAAAUUGGAAUUAGCCGGCGAUCGGAAGUCGAUUCUGCUCCCUGGCUCUCAUUGCGGGCCACUAUCUGAUAAUUCUGAGGAGGUCAGUUUUUACGAGAUCUCCGCAUUUCCAGCCUUAACCAAACGGAGAGGGGACUUUGUGCUGGUUGGGCCAUCAAUUUCCUCCUACUUGUCACCCCCAACCGGUUCAGAAGAUGCAAAUAAUGGAGAUUUUGUUCUACCAAAUUCUGUUGAUGGCAACGAGCUUGCGUCAAUGAUCGGCUCUAUCGCUGGAACUCUCGUCGAGCCCAGUUCUGAUCAAGCAUUCAAUCAAUUCAGUCAGCUUCAGAGUGCAAUAUCAUCUUCAGGCCUAUUACCGGCCACUUCUGCUGCUUUAUCCAUUCUAGCUCGUUCGGGAGCCCAACAUGUCCGGGACGCGGCUGCGCAGAUGCAGGCGCAGCUGGCUUCAGUGGUUGCAUCUGGUCAAAGUUCCCCUAUUGAUUGGUUCGGAGAGAUAGUAGAUCUCGGACUGGAUGGUCUUGUCACCGUACGCCUUUGUGGUUUGCCUAGCGCUUGUGACAUACGCGUGCCUAUUGAGCGACUCACGGUUAUCAUGAAUGGCGAUGAAGAGGACGGGGACGAAGGAUUUUACUCUGAUAGCAGCGAUAAUGAUGGCUCGGAGAACUGGUGGAGUUCAGAUGCCUAUGACUCUUAUGAAUCUGACGAGGUUCUAGAGCAAACUAUCGAGUACGAAGGCGGAGAGAGACUUGAUGCGGAUGGCGGAGAUGACGUGUGGCUUACUGACGAAGAAGGAUGUUCGGUCGCUGACUCGGAUACAACCUUGGAGGAUGUGGAUGAACAGAAUCAAGCUGCUCAGAGUGAGCAUGCAGAUUUGAGCUCGCAGAAGCUGCAUGAUCCGGCCAUGGACCCAGCAUAUCAAUUAUCGGGCUCAAAUGGUCAAUUGAAUGACAAGUCAGUGGACCUUUCAGUAGCGGGCGCUUUUACGACUCCCAGCUGCCUGGAAAGCCCACUAAACUUUGCAAUCUUGGACGAAGAACCCCCUGCAGGGCAUCAUUUUAUCGGAAAUAUGCCUGAUCUGACAUCCAAUCUCAUGCGCCGGAUUCGCAAGGAACAUAAGAUACUAGAAAAGUCUCUUCCGGAGGGAAUAUAUGUCAGGACAUGGGAAUCCCGUCUUGACAUCAUAAGGGUGCUGAUUCUUGGGCCGCGCAAUACCCCUUACGAAUUAGCACCAUUUGUGAUUGAUUUCCAAUUCGGCAAUUCGUUUCCUUCUUCGCCGCCUGCUGCUUUUUUCCAUUCAUGGACUGCGGGCAUGGGCCGAGUCAAUCCUAACCUCUACGAAGAUGGAAAAAUCUGCCUGAGUCUACUGGGGACAUGGCCCGCUGACGCCAAAAAUGAGAGCUGGUCUCCUCAGCGAUCCAGCAUGCUUCAAAUUCUAGUCAGUCUGAUGGGCUUGGUCCUAGUCAAAGAACCGUUUUACAACGAAGCUGGCUUCGAUAUCCUAGUCGGGUCGGAAGAUUCUCAAGUAUCAUCAAACCAUUAUACUGAAAGAGCAUUCGUGCUCUCCCGCGGAUUCAUCAAGCACGCCUUACAGCAUCCAACACACGGCCUCCAAGACGUUGUUCACUGGCUUUACCUCUCCCCUCACCCUCAAGCACCUAAGCUAUUACGCGCCGCUAUUGCAGACGCCCAGGAUAUUCUGCGCAAUAGUCAGCACGAAGCCGAACCCGCUGUACACCACGCGAGAGAAGAAGGCGGAGAGGCGAGCAAUGGCUCUGUUCCUACGUCGUCGUCUUCUUCUCCUUCUUCGAUCUCAACAUCUUCCUCUAGAGAACCUGAUGCGCUUCAGCGAGUCAGCGCCGGCGCGUCAAUCUUGCUUCGAAAGCAGGUCGCAAUAUUACAGGACAUACUGGCCAAACAAGAUUCUAGUUGAUGUCAAGUGAGUAAAUAUGCGGUGUUUCACUCUGUUUAUGAAAUGGAAUGAUUUGAUGGGUUACAUAUAUUUCUUUUCUUCUUUUCCUCUUUUUGCUUUUGCUCUUUCUCUUUGUUCCUCUCU